AAAAUGUUGGUGAUUAUUGAAACAUUAUUAUUUUAUUCUGGCAGUAGGUAAAUUGUAAAAGGAAAAAUACCUAGCAUGUCUAGCUAAUAACUUAAGUAUUUCCAGAACACCUCAUUGGUCUACUAUGAGAUUAUUGGUGAUUAUGGUUAAAAAAAUUGUCUUGACUUGUAAUGAGCCUUGUCUUGUAUGAAAGAGAAAACGAUAUAUGUUUUCAACUUUUCCUCAGAGACCCAACUUGAGAUUUACACUUGCUCCUAAAGACGAAAAUUUCUUAGAAGGAUAUUCAUUUCCCUGAUGUAUAUUUACAUGGUCCAUAGUGAAUUAAUGAACUUAAUGUAAUCAUGAUAUUUAUUCACUACUGGUCUUAAAGUUGAGAUUUGUUUUCUGUUUCUGGACGAAAUAUUUCAAAAAAACAUUUAAAUUUUUUCCAUUAAAAUAUAAUUCCCUUCAACAAUGGUUUCAUUAACUUAGCAAAGUUUACAAUAUAUGACGAAUUGGUAACUGCAAAUCUUCUUCUCGAUUAUAGGUAUAUUUGAAAUUCUUUAGAAAGUUUCUAUUAUAUUACACAUUUAAAAACGGUAUCGAACAAAUUUACUGAAAGAGUUAAUAGAAGUGAGGCUAAUCAUCAAAUUAGAUGAUACAAAAAAGAUAUGUUGAAUAUUUUUCAGAUUUAUAUGAUUUCAUUUAAUAUUUGUGAAACAUGAACUCAGUUUCAAGCAACAGACUAUAGGUGCACUGCAGAACCACCUUGCAUAACUGGGAAAGAACUCCAGAGUAACAGAAACAGCAUCAGAGACAGAUUUGCCAAAUCACCAGGAGCUGGAGAUAGAAAUCAAAUGGAUGCUGAUAGGAAUAUUAAUCUGAAGGCAAGCUGUUAUUUGGAAUACAUAGGAUUGAUGGCUGAUUAUCAUAUGUAUAUAUUCGUUAUCCUCGUAGCAGACCAAUGCCAUAUCCACUAUUUACUAGAGUGAACUCGCAGAUCAUAUUGAACAAAUAGUAGAAUCGCUGUCAUUGAUGGGAAAUCCUCGUUGUUUCGAACCGCUACCGAUUGUGGUCAACGACUUUGAGGUGAGAUGAAAGAAGACGCCACAGGAGGUCAAAAAGCUCUGGUGGGAGUUCAGAAUUGGCUCAACUUGGAAUCAUCAGAUUACCGCUAGGUUCUUCGAACCUGAAGAUUUAAUGGGUUUCGAGAUCUUAAAAACAUCUCACACACCACACACGUUUUUAUUCAUGAUGACUACUAAUUUAUGAUGCUGGCAUAAUAGCCAUGUAUGAGGGCUACAUAGACAAUGGAAUGUCCGUGCUCACCUAGACAACUUUGUAAUAAUGAUAAUUCCCACUCAGUCAUUAGUUGGUCCUAGCUCUUCGUCUCCAAGCAUCCUCGAUUUCUUCAAAAAAACGUUGCCAAAGCGAAACCACUUGAAGCGGGGAAAACAUGAUCAGAAACAUAAGAGACCUGAUUCAGCUCAAGAAACUAUGCACUUCAUCGAAUCCAAAACUGCUCCGUAUCACGUAGAUAUUACUAAAUCUAAAUCUACUAACAAGGAUGAAUUAGUUGAGAGUACCCCUGAGAUCGCUUUGAUCACAUCAGAUAUUCCUAUGGCAAACAUUGACCAAAAACGUAUUUCAAGACAUUUUAUUUUGACAGUUCCUGCAGACGAAGAAUACACAUUGACAAGGAUGCCAGGGAAUAUAACAGCUUCGAAAAAGGUCAAGAAAACCUCAAAGGAAGUUAUGAAAAAUGAACUAAAACUUUUGGGUGCGGAAAACGAAGAAUGUGGUCCAGGAUUAGAAAGAGAUUCUAUUGGAAUAUGCCGAACUUCCAUGAAAGUUUAAAAACUGUUAUUAUAUGUACUGAUUUUAUUUAUUUAUUUUUUCAUAGACGAUAUGAAGAAAAUUAAAGAUGUAAACGUUGUUUUCUGUGAUUAUCGAAUAAAAGAAUAGUUAAACAAUAUAUAUGUUACGAACCAACAGUUGACAAAUAAAGCCUUAAUAUUUAAUACUGCAUGAACAGCAUUUUUUCAAAUAAAUUCACCUGUAAUUGACUUCUAGUUACAAGAUUUUUCUUGGCAAAGCCAAUAUUGACAGUUUAGAAAUAGCCGAUACCAUGUCGGUCGAAUUCAAACAAAACUUAUGUGUUUAGAGGAACAGUACAAAAUAAUCAUGGAAGAUUAAAAAUUCACCAUUUGUUCAAAAAAAGCAAGGUACUGAUCUUAAUGUGUAACGCUAACAACUCAAGAUUAUCUCACUCAAUCAAAAGAGACAUUUUUCAAAUCUUGUAUAUGUAUGUGUGCGCCUCUAGGACUUCCAGCCAGUAUAAUAAAGUGGAUACAAUCAUAUAUGACAGAUAGAACCAUGAUAGUGAGAUGCAAUAAUUCAAUUUCACACAGUAAGGCUGUGAAACUUGGGGUACCACAGGGUUCAGUUCUUAGGCCACUGCUGUUUCUUCUUUAUGAAAAUGAUCUUCCACAAUAUUUAGAAAACGUUCAUGUUACCAUGUUUGCCGACGACACAACGAUAACAAUAUCCGAUCAGGAUGCAGAACAGCUUGCAGUUAAACUGAAAAUGAUUGUAAAUAUAUUUUCAUCCUGGUGUCAGAGAAAUAAGUUAAUUCUAAACACGUCCAAAUCGGUAAUAGUCAAAUUUUUUCACCGAAAAUUGUUACCCAACGAACUUUUUGUAAUUGACGACAUCCAACCCUCUAUGGAAACUAAAUUUUUAGGCACUCAUUUAGAUGAGAGUAUAAAUUGGGGUAGACACAUUGAAAGUGUAUGUUCAAAACUAAAUAAAGCCUAUUUCGCUAUUAAACAUAUGAAAUCAACUAUGAAUAUAGCAGGCUUGCUAAGCAUUUACUAUGCUAUGGCAUAUGCACAUAUUAAUAUGAAUAUAUUGGCAUGGGGUCGAGCAAGAGAAUUCUUGAGAGUGUUUGUUUCCCAAAAGCGUUUAGUAAGACUGAUUUUUAACUUGAAUUAUCAAGACAGUUGUCGAUCUAUCUUUAAAGAAAAUAAAAUUCUUACGGUGCCUGCUGUGUACAUUUUUCGAUGUAUUAUCUUUGCCAAACAGAAUAUAGAUAAUUAUUCGUGUAAUUCUGAGAAACAUGAAUAUAACACCAGACACGGCAACUUAUUGAAAAUUCCUAAACAUAGAACGACAUUCUAUGAGAGGUCUCCGGAUUACAAUGCAAUCAUAUAUUACAAUAAACUACCAGAAUCACUCAAACGGACUGGAAGUAACAUCAUAUUUCAAAAGAAAGUUAAAGACUUGCUAUUAGAGAAAUGCUACUAUAGUUUCCAAGAAUUUUUAGACGAUAAUUUCUGAAAAAUAAAAUAUGAACUAGAUCUGUAUACGUUUUUAUAUAUUUCAAUUGUGUAUGUGUUUAU